AUGUUUCUCUACUUGAUCUUGGGAAGUGAUACUCUGCGCGCUUCUCUGAUAGUGCGCUGGACACCGAGGUAUGUCGACGACUCGCGAAAUACCAUUGUUGUGGCAGGGCACACGACUGGCUCCUGGCCAGGCCACACCAAUGCCGGUGGCUACGACGUCUUCUUGGCCAAGUUUGACAUCAUCGGCCGUCUGCAGUGGGUCAUCCAAACGGGCUCCUCAGCCAACGACUUCGUGGCCUCGAUGCAAGUGCAGCCUGCCAGCGGUGACAUCCACGUCUGCGGCUGGACUCUUGGGUCGAUGGACGGGCAAGCCAACUACGGCCAGGAAGACUUGCUGGUCAUGAUCUUCUCGGACAACGGGACGCACAAGUGGACCGUCAAGGAUGCCUUUCAGGAUGUUCAAUCUUCGGGAAACGACCGCUGUGGAGCGAUCCUUCCAGGGACAGGCUCCAGCGAAGCUGGCACAGUGUACGGGUUCACUUCCGGGGAUGUCGGCUCACAGACUCAUGUCGGAGGCACCGACCUGCUAUUCAUGACAUAUAGUGAGGAUGCGAUUAUCACCUUCGGAAAGGCUGGAACGAGCGGCGAUGAUGUCUAUACUGCUGCCACUGAGUACUGGUGGGAGCCGUGGGGUGUUACGGCAAAGUGUGUGGUCGGAUAUACCUUCGGCGCCUUCGCUUCCUUCACCAACGCAGGGGGUGCAGACUUAAUCGUAGCAUGCGAGACCUUUGUCGACUUUUCUUCGGGAAGAAUCCAGCAUGGGGGGGCUUCCGGAGACUACGCAACAGGUGUAGCUGUCGACACGGCCACCGGGGUGUAUGUCACUGGCUACACACAAGGAUCCCUUGACGGCCAAAGUUUCGCAGGUGUCGAGGAUGCCUUUUUGACAAUGUUUCUGCUGAACGGGACGUGGCAGUGGACCACCCUUCGAGGCAGUGCCUCGAGCGACCGAGUCGUUGGUAUCUAUGGGCCUCUCUACAGUGAGCUGUAUGUUGUGGGCACCGUGGACUCCGAUGUUCUGGAUGCUGGCACAGGCAAUGUGGCCGCUGGUGGGAAGGAUAUGUUCGUGAUGGUCUUCAACACAGACGGCGUUUGGCAAUGGACAAGUCAGGCAGGAGGCGCUUCAGAUGAUGAGGCCAGCGCAGGAUAUUCCUUUUACGCAGGCGCGGCUCUUAUCGCGGGGCAGACUGCAAGCACGCUGGAAGGGACGAGUGCGGGCUCGAAUGACUUGUUCCUGUCCUACCUGGUCCCCCCAACCACGCGCACCUCCACCAGCUCCUCCUCUACCUCCAGCAGCUCCUCCACAUACACACUCACGUCUUCUUCUUCAAGCUCGACCACGACGUCAAGCACGUCUUCCUCCAGUAGUUCAACAUCCAGUUCGAGCAGGUCGACCACAAGUAGCAGCACCACGUCCACCAGCUCCUCCACGUCCACAAGUACAUCUUCUUCAACCUCCACCACACGUUCAAGCACGUCUUCCUCCAGUAGUUCAACCUCGACUUCGAGCACGUCAGCCACAAGCAGCAGCAGCACGUCCACCAGCACGUCCACAUCGACUAGCACAUCCUUCACUUCAACCUCUACCACGCGUUCAAGCACAUCUUCCUCGAGUUCCAGCACGUCAGCCACAAGCAGCAGCAGUACGUCCACAAGCUCCUCCACAUUCACAAGCACAUCCUCCUCUUCAACCUCCACCACGAGUUCAAGCACAUCUUCUUCGACCUCGAGCACGUCAUCCACAAGCAGCAGCAGUACAUCCACCAGCUCUUCCACAUCCACGAGCACGUCUUCCUCUUCAACCUCGACUACGCUCUCAAGCACAUCAUCUUCCAGCAGCUCAACCUCAAGUUUGAGCACUUCAACCACGAGCACGUCAACCUCGAGCUCUAGCAGCACGUCCACCAGCUCCUCUUCGUCCACAAGCACAUCUUCCACUUCCACGCUAACUACAACGACAGUCUUCGUGGACCCGGUGCCCAUCGUAGCUGGAGCUUCUGGUGGUGCAGUGGCCCUCAUGGCUGCGGUAGCUACAGCUACGUUUGUCGCUCUGAAGUGCAAGACCACAGCGGUGGUUCCCAGCGAAGCAACUUCAGCACAAGCGCAGGUCGGACUUCAGCAGGCUCCAGCUCAAAUCUCGCCGGACAGCUUCCCGGCAAACUCGGCCGCAGAUCCACUUCAUGUCCUCGGUAGUGAUGAACCGAUGCAGUCAGUGGCCGUUUAA